GAGAAAAUGGCGCUUGACUACCUCUGUUCCUUGGCCUAGCCACUGCUAUCUUAUGCAGAGCUGAAGGACUGGUAUCCGUCCGGAGUCAGCUAUUCUAAAGUACAAGGCUACGACCUUGCUGCUCAGAAUCUCGAGCUCAUACCCUUCUCCCGUCUCACAUUCCACAUCGGGCUUCCUGCAAAUCCGUUACAAGCAUGAACGACAACGGUCAUGGAGACAUAAAGGAGCAAGAUGGCUUCCCGACCGCCUUUGACAGCAAGCGACCUGAGGGUAGCCAGAGCUCGAAAGUGCCCACCGUGGUAGCGCCCGGAAGGGUUCCCCAGCCCAAUCAGGAGGGUAUAAUCACGGUGCAGCCACUGAGGAAGAGCGAUAUGCAGCCUUCCUACGCCCAGGAUCUGGGCCUGAGCGACGUCAAGCACGGCUUCUACGGCUCGCUGAUCAAUUGCCUCGGUGACACUGCCGGCGCUCUCGGGCAAUUCCCAUGCUGCCCCUGCCCCAACCCGUUCAAGCAGGUCAGGCAAGGAAGCGUGGGACUCGUGAGCCGGUUUGGUCAAUUCUACAAGAGCGUCGAUCCCGGCCUGGUCAAGAUCAACCCGUGCAGCGAGUCGCUACGCAUUGUCGAUGUCAAGAUCCAGCUGAUCAUCGUCCCGCAGCAGCGCGUCACGACGCGAGACAACGUUAGCAUCGAAGUUGACAGCGUCAUUUACUGGCACGUCUCGAACCCGUACAGGGCGGCGUAUGGCAUCCAAGACAUCCACCGCUCACUCGUCGAGCGCGCUCAGACCACGCUGAGGGACGUCGUGGGUAGCCGGACCAUCCAGUCGGUCAUUUCCGACCGCACUGAAGUGGCCCACCAAGUUGAGGAGAUACUCGAGACAGUUGCUAGCAAGUGGGGUGUCGUCGUUGAGAGCAUACUUAUCAAGGACAUCAUCUUCUCGCGCGAGCUCCAGGAGUCGCUCUCGUCGGCCGCGACGCAGCGCCGAAUCGGGGAGAGCAAGGUCAUUGCCGCAAAGGCUGAAGUAGAUGCUGCCAAGCUCAUGCGCCAGGCCGCCGACAUUCUCUCCAGUCCUGCUGCGAUGCAGAUCCGCCAGCUCGAGUCGCUCCAGGCAAUGGCAAAAUCGGCGGGAAGCAAGGUCAUCUUUGUGCCCAUGAAUCUAAACGACGUCAAGAGCUCCGUCCUUGCCGAUGGCACAGGUGUUGUCCAUCCUGACACCCACGGUGUGGGCGAUACUGCAGUAAGCCCAGUCUGUAAGGAGGACCCGACUAAAGAUGUGGCGCGCCUGUCGCAGUUGACUCAACUGUAGUUGCCUGCAACUCUCGCUCUCUCAGAUUCGCUCAUGUCCUUCUUUCUUUCUCUUGCACGUAACGUCGUGAAAGACUCGCUUUGCUGCUUUGUGCCCUUGACUGUAUUUAGACUUAGAGUUAGUAUGGACUGCCCAGACAAAGCAACCGGGAUUAGGUAAUGAGACAUGGUGUGCUGUCCUUGCGCCAAUGU